AUGGAUAGGAAGGCACCUACGGGUUCUGCCCAUGGGAUCUCCAUGUCGGAAGAAGAAUAUCAAAAGAUACAACAAAAUGAAAGACAGAGUAGAGGUCAGAGAAAUGAAGAGCAAAGUAAUGAUAGUGCUGCGAGUAAACGGAAUUCUGGAUCAUCGAAAAGUAAGGAGAAGCGGAAAUCUGAGGUUAUGAUUGCAGCGCAAUCUUUAGAUCAUGAAUUGCAGAACGUAAAAAACCUAAAACGGCUUUCCAUAGGGUCUAUGGACCUGCUGGUUGAUCCAGAGAUGGAAUUCCGUGUACAAGCUACUCCUCCAGCUACCUCUAAUUCUAGCAGCUGUCCCUCAGAAGAAGUUUCAGGAGUGGAGACUUUAGACAGUAACGUCGAGAACGCCAACAAUGCACAAGGUGAAGAGGCCGAUAAUUCUUACUCUAUAGGGGAUGAAAAUCGUGAAGAUUACAUGAAGACCUUUGAUUCUGAUGAGCAACCUGAGGGCUCGGAUGUACUGUCAUGUGCCUUGAAAAGGUCCUCGUCUACGGUUAGAAAGGGGGUUCUGCCCUCUAACAGAUCCAAAUUAGAAAAGCCCAAGAAGGCGAAAUACGAGGCAGGACUUGAUGGGAUUGAGCCUAUAUCGAAGAAUUUACUUUGGGUACGAGCUGAUCAGCAUCCGAACGUAAAGCCGGAGAAUUAUCUCGAGUUGGUCAACGACACAUUAAAUAACCUGCAAUUAGACGGCUUACAAGGCCGAAAUGGACGUGAUUCUAUUGCUCAAAGCUCGAAUUCACGGGGUUUGAGCAAAAGUCCAGAUCAUAAUAACGGAGACUCACUUGUAAAGAGGCCAUCGAGGCUGCGGAAGAGCUAUACAGAAGGUGAGGGGCUACAAGCCUAUAAUUACAGUGAACAAUCAGAGGAAGAAGACAGUCCCAAGAGACCAAACAGCACCUCUUCACUAAAGGAGAUUACUGAAGAGCUAACAAGAAUUUCAAAUAACGCGGGACUGACAGACAGUGAUGCUAUUACAUUAGCAAGGACAUUAAGCAUAGGAACAUCAACCAUUGAAAAUAGCCUGAAGCAUUCUGCAGCAGAUUCUAAUUCAAAGAAUGACGAAGAUAAUGAAUUUGCCUCUAAUAUAGUCACAAAGAAUGGACUGACCAUCCCCCCUAGGUCUUCGUUACGAAGAAGCAAAUUUAAUACAUACAGGAUGCGUUCGAAUAGGGGUACCAAAUUUUCAAGAAAUUCACCUGCUGCUGCUGCUAAUAAAGAUAAAAACGUUGACCAAGAACUCGCGGAGGCAGGCAAGAAAAACAUUGUUAAAGAAGUUAAAAUUUCGCGCUCUCAUGAGUCGUUGGCAUCUUUAACAUCGCAAACUUCGAUCAAUGAUAUUUAUGAUCAUUAUAAUACAACAGACACAGAGAGGUACUCCACGGACUCCAGUUCGCCAGGAUGCAAAUUUGGUAGUCAGGUAGAGAGUCCCGAGCAGGUAUCCGGCUUGUCAGGGCAAUCGGAUGUCUCAUUAUCGCCUUUGUCCUCAACCUCAUCCACAGACCUGCAUGAUAAAUUAUUACCUGGCUCGUCUGCAUCUCAACAGACUUCUGUCCGUAGUAAUCCUCCUCAAACUCCACCCAAAGAUUACAAGCGGAUAAUCGACAGGAAAAAACCUAAUUGGAACUGGUUAUCUACGUAUUCCCCUAAUUCUUCUGACGCUGAUCCUACAAAUACAUCUGAAGAGGAUUCAUUUUCUGUUGAAACAAGCAUCAGCGAAGAUUUUGCAGCUAUACCCGUAAGCACUCCAAAAAGUUCGGAAUUGGUAACACGUAAGGUGAAUCAUUCCAGGCAUCGCCAUCAGAAUCCAUACAAUGAACAAACAUCUACUGAUCAAGCGAAACCUCAUACGCACGAACCAAUUGAGCAAGAUUCUGCUCCGGUUCCUAGGCAUUCUUCCCUUAAAAGGAAGGAAAAGCUAGAGAAACAAUUCAUGAAAAUAUUUAAGAAGAAAACCGUAAACUUUUCGUCAGAGGAACUCUCAAAUCCCACCCCAACUGAUGGGGAAGUCACUGCCAAAGGUAAUAGGGAUACGAAAAAGAAGUCAUCUAACAAGAAAGACACUAAAAGGAAAAGCAUACGUUUAUCCAACUUUCGUGGAGAUUCAAAGUCUCCCGCUAACAGUCGAAAACAGACUACAGCACCGACAAGUCCUGUUAUAACUAAACAAGACGAAAUCACUUCAGAUCCAACAAAAAGCUUAAAACCCGCUGUGAACGUAACUAGUUCUAAGUUGGUCCAGUUACCAGAGCCCGCGGAAGAUGUACCCGCUGAGAUAAAUCCAGCUCCCGUUCAGGAGAAAGAGCCGAUGGAAUUGUACUCCAACCAAAAUAAUUUGUUACCAGGUCGGCAAGCGGAGGUGGAGAAUAGUCUGCCUCCUCGAAAGCUCACGUUCGAUGACGCGGUGAGGCCAGAACACCCCAACGCUCCAAUGAAAUUCACACCGAGCGCAUUUGGUUUUCCGCUUCCGCCGCUAACUGCUUCUACAGUUAUAAUGUUUGACCAUAGGCUACCCAUAUUUGUUGAAAGAGCGAUUUACAGACUCAGUCACUUGAAGUUGAGUGAUCCAAAGCGCGAACUACGUCAGCAGGUACUAUUGAGUAAUUUCAUGUAUUCCUACCUAAACCUGGUCAACCACAGUUUAUACCUACAGCAAGUCGAAGAGGAAAACAGCAUGGUCGGCGUCCCAGACGCAUAG